UCCAGCCCCCCAAAUCCCCCCCAAACCCCCGCCAAGAUGUUCAGCUGGCUGCGGAAGCAGGAGAAGAAGAGCCCCGAGGUGGUCCGCACCGUCACUGAGGGGCUCAAGACCCUCUACAAGAAAAAACUUCUCCCGGUGGAAGAAUUUUACCGAUUCCACGAUUUCCACUCGCCGGCGCUGGAAGAGGCCGAUUUUGACACGAAGCCCAUGGUGCUGGUGGCCGGGCAAUAUUCCACUGGGAAGACCACCUUCAUCCGGUACCUGCUGGAGCAAGACAUCCCGGGGGGCCGCAUCGGGCCCGAGCCCACCACCGACUCCUUCGUGGCCAUCAUGCACGGGGAGAGCGAGGGGGUGACCCCCGGCAACGCCCUCAUCGUCGACCCCAAGAAGCCCUUCCGCAAACUCAACCCCUUCGGGAACACCUUCCUCAACCGGUUCAUGUGCGCCCACCUCCCCAACCAGGUGCUGGAGAGCAUCAGCAUCAUCGACACCCCCGGGAUCCUUUCGGGGGCCAAGCAGCGCGUGUCUCGGGGUACGGGGGGGCCCCCCCCAGCCCUCCCCCCGCGGGCUCGGGGCUGGGGGGGGCGCGGGGGCCGCGAGGAGGGGGGGUACGGUGGGGUGCUGGGUCCGGGCAGGGGGUAA